AUGCCGAGUAGUUCCCAUCCUUGCAUUCACGGGAGGAAAUUUCAAAGCUUCUCCGCGAAUCACGCCAUGCCUGCACCACUUGUGGCUCGGAAGGCUGCUCAACAAGGGUCAGGAAAGCCUGGCGGGCGAGGUUCGGAGAAACACCGAGGCGACGCGACCCCGUCAGCUUCGGCGCAAGGCUCGGGGUUUAAGAAGAAAGUUGGAGGUUUGGAGCAGCCGCAUUCAGGCAAGCACGUCCCAGCCAAUGGUAGGAAGCCAUCUGGACACGAAGCCAAGGCUGGAAGCUCAUCAGCACCUCCUAACGGCUACAUUCGAGACACCGAUUUGCUCGAAAAGGCCGUUCCUAGUCACAGCCUCCGUUACAGUCACGACGGCGUGAGCGAUGUUUCUCAGACUCGAAUAAGAUCCGGCAUCGACGCGCUGUACGCGGGAGGCGAGGGCCUCCCCCGGCGCAUCAACUUCCUCCCCGCGCGGCACGCCGACGCGCACUCCGCGCUCCCCGUGGGCCUUAAACCGCUGAAUGCGGCGGACCCGAGCCGCGAGCCACGUGGCAGGCAGCCAGUGGGAGCGGGGUUGAGCAACCUGGGCAACACGUGUUUCAUGAACUCCGUCCUGCAGUGCCUCACCUACACGCCGCCCCUCGCCAACUACCUUUCGCAGUCACCCCACUCCGCCACCUGUGAGUGCUGUGCUCCCUGUUUGCUCGCCUUUCCCCUGCUCGCCGUACAGUCGCUUGAUCUGCAAGCUAUCGCACGUACACUGGUGGCGGGGUGGUGUGCGCUGUGUGAGAUGGAGUCGCAUGUACCAAGGGCCGUGGGCGGCACAGGCAAGGUGGUCUCGCCCACAGGCUUUGUGCGCAACGUCAAGAGUGUGGCGAGGUCAUUCAAGGCGGGCAGGCAGGAGGACGCACACGAGUACAUGCGCUGCCUGCUAGACGCCCUCCACCGAUGCUGCCUCCCGCCCAAACGAGCCUCCGCCUCAGGCUCGGGCGCCGACCCUGCCUUUGCGCCGAGGCUGAUGAACACGUUCGUGCACCGGACGUUCGGGGGGUAUCUGUGCAGCCAGGUGCAGUGCACUGUGUGCGGGUACUGUUCCCGAACCUACGACCCGUUCCUGGACCUCAGCCUUGAGAUUGUCCGAGCCGACUCGGUGACCAAGGCUCUGCAUCGGUUCACAUCGGAAGAGGCUUUGGAUGGGGCGAACAAGUACAAGUGCAGCAAGUGCAGGAAGAAGGUGCGUGCACUCAAGAGCUUCGCAGUGGAAGAAGCACCUCCCGUGCUGACGGUGCACCUGAAGCGCUUCGCUGCACUCACAGGCCGCAAGCUGGACAAGCACGUCGCGUUCCCCCCCUCCCUCGACCUCUCGCCCUUCAUGACCUCCUCCCGCUCCUCCUCUGCCCCCUCUGCCGAUGCUGCUGCGAGUGCGAGCGGUGGUGCUGGUAGCUGCAGCAGAGGCAGCAGCGACAGCGGCAGCAGCAGAGGGGGUGGGGGUGGGGAUAGUAGGGGAGGCAAGUACAGUCUGUACGGGGUGUUGGUGCAUGCAGGGUGGUCGACCAACUCGGGGCACUACUACUGCUAUGUGCGCGGGCCGUCAGGCACAUGGAGUGCCAUGGAUGAUGCGCGGGUGCAGCAGGUGAGUGAGAAGACUGUGCUGCAGCAGCGAGCUUACCUCCUCUUCUACGUCCGCCAACCGCCUCCGCCUGCCACUGCUGCUCCUGCUCCUGCUGCUGCUGCUGCUGGUGGUGCUGCUGCUGCUGGUUCUCCUGCUGUUUCACCUUCUGCUACUGCUCGUGGUGCUCAAACCUCUGCUGCAGCGGCUGGUGGUGAAGCGGAGUUGAAAAAGAAGUGCAAGGCAGCAGCAGCACCGCAUGUAGAGGCGUUCAUGCACGUGCAGGCACAGGGUGAGGCGCAGGAAAAGGAACAAGCACAGGCACAAGGAGUAACACAGGAGCGGUUGCAGGAAAGCGCAGGCAGAAUAGCGGGCAAGGACAGGGCAGGAGCAGCAGUGGGCGACGGUACAGACCUGGGCAGCAGCGUUGCACGCGAGGCCAAGGAGAGGGCCGGUGCGAUUGUUGUAGGGAAUGGGGCAUUGAUGAUGGAUGUGACUGGGAGGCAAGGGGCGGUGGAGGGUUUGGUAGAGGGGGAGAAGUGGGGCGAGAGGGAGGGGCAGGGUGUGCUGGCAGAGGCUUCGAGUGAUGAGGAGAGCAGCGAGGAAGGGGAGGAACAAGGGGAGGAGGGCGGGGAGGUGGACGGGGAGGGAAAGGCUGCGCGGGCAGCAGCAGCUAACGAUUCUGAUGAUGACAGUGACGACCCGGACUGGACGCUGGAAGAUGAGGACGGAGAGGAUGCAGAGCAAAAUGGUGCGGAGGAGGGGAACAAGGAUGGUGCGGGGCAUGUGAGGGGGUCGUGGGCGGCAGCAGUGGGGCAGAUGCUGCGACUGCUGCCCGGCUCCACCAGGGAGUCGAGAGGAAGCUUGAGGAGCCGCAGCAGCCCGGGCCUUGGCAGCAGGUCCGGAAGGAGCUUCGGCAGCAGCGGUUGGGGCAGGAGCAGCGGCAGCCUGGGCAAUAGCAGGGAGAGGAUGCUGAGACUCAUGUCUCCCCUCGUGCCGCUGCCUUUUUAUGGGACCUGGGAAGAGCCGGGGCGUACCGUGAGGGAGAGGGGACGGCGCGAGGAGAAGGUUUUUCCGUUGGGGGGGAGGCGGGGGAAGAAGAGGAGGAGAGCGGGUAUGGAGGGGUGGGGCCGUGGUGUGGGCUGGGAGGGGAGUGGAGGGAUGGGGGUGGGAGUCGAAGAGGGGGGAAGAGGGAUGAGGAAGGAAAGGGAGAGAGGAGGAAUGGGGGUGGAGGAGGAGAAGAGGAGGGUGUGCAGGGGAGAGGAGGUGAGGGUGGUGGAGGGAGGAGAGGGGAAGGAGGAGGUGGGGAGACGGCAACAAGAGGGGGGUGCUCCGGUGACGGUGGCUGGGAUAGGACUGGAGGAGGGGGAGGUGGAUUCAGGGGAGGUGGAUUCAGAGGAGGCAGAGGAAGAGGAAGGGGUGGCGAUGAUGAUGGCAGGGCCGGGGAUAGUGGGUCCAAGGGUGGGGUCUUCAGAGGAUGACUCGGAGGGGUGGAGCAGUGCGAGCGAGAGUGAGAGUGAGGACGAGGGCACGGGGGAGAAAGGCGAAGAGACGGACGAGGGAGAACAGGAGGAGGAGGGGAGAAAGGGAGGGAACGGGCAGGGGAACGGGCAGGGGAACGGGCAGGGGAACGGGCAGGGGAAUGGGCAGGGGAAUGGUGGCGGCAGCGGGAGCAGGGUGGUGACGUAUGGGGGGUCGGAUGCGGUGUGGAUGAUGAAGGAGGGCGCUCAGGAGGCGACUGUUGGGGCAGGCGGGCUGGCGGGCUCGCAAUGGGGCGACGAUGAAGGCAUGGUGAUGAAUGGCGCCCACCUUCAUGUGGCUGAGAGGCGACCUGCCAGCAAGUACCGAUACGACGAGUGGGACGAGGAGCUGGACAGGGGGCGGGUGAAGAAGGUGAAGCGCAGGCCAGAUGGUGACACACCCGACCCCGUGGCAGGCGUAAACCCCUUCCAGGCCCUUGCUGCCACGCCUGCUGGUGAUGCUGGUGGUGCUGGGGGUAGAGGUGGAGAGGGAGGGAGGGAGGUGCAUGGGAAGAGGCCGGGGAGGUGGAUGAGGAGGGACAAGGGCAAGCAUGACAGUAACCGGCACGUGGCGAAGCUCAAGGGAAAGAAGGCCAGGCCCAGAUGGUAG